AUGACUACAAGAAGCAACACCGACCCCGACGAAUUGAUACCUUUAACGGACCCCGAGGCCAUUAUCCGAUCUGGUAACGCCGAACAACGCCGUCUGAAACAACUUAAAUCUAACCCAACUGCUCCAAUCCCACUUCUUUCCGAGUCUACACCUCCCACCGCGAUGUCGGACGAAACGACCCCAGCCCACGAAACGUCCGGAUCGACUCGCACAGCGGACGCCUCUGACAUGCAGACAGCUAAAGACUGGUUCAAAUCGGUCUUUAAGCUACAACACGCGGCCAUUAUGGAAGCACAGACUGACCGUCGACAAGCGGCCGAAGACCGUCGACAAGCCAUUGAAGAUCGUCGUACCGACCGACAAAUUCUUAUGUCUGCUCACCAAGCCAACGCCGCCCGCAUCAGCCGAUUAGAGGAACUUAUACUAGCGAUGAAUGUUAAGAAUGAGGCGGAUGCUCGGCCAGUACAGCCGAGUCCAGGUCGGGUUGACCUACAGAAAUUUCGCACGUCGGAUGGCCCGGUCUACCGCGGACCGUUUCAGGAGGUCGAGCCGUUCUUACGCUGGAUUCACGGUGUGCAAAUCUUUUUCGACACUAAAGACGUCAGUAAUUCGGCCGACAGAAUCAAGAUCCUUGGUAAUCUCAUUGCGGAGACCAAUCUCCAGUCCUUCUACGCCAACGAGGCAUCCGGGUUCCUGACAAAGUCCUGGAAUGACUUCAAAAUACGGAUGUUCGAUUUCGCUCUCCCCACAAACUGGCGUUCGGGCCUACAACGACAGGUCCGUAAACUCGAAAUGUCGCAAGACGAAACCUUCCUGGAGUACAGUACCCGGGCUCGCACGGUACAAAGCCUAUUCAACUUCGACGCCAACGAGACAUCCAAGCUUGGAGACCUACAGCUGGCCCAAUUCUUGGUCUAUGGCCUACCGGACGCUCUUCAAGACCGGAUUAACGAACGCCAGCUAUUAGAGGUUGUCCCGUUCGCGUACGGCACUUUUGAAAAACAAGCAAGCGCUUCCUUCCUAGCGUUACAUCGCCCCACCGUCCCCCCUGCCCCGACUAGAUCAACCCCGAACGCACCAUCAAACCUUGCCCGCGACGAGUUCGUCUGGCGAGUACACUCGUACCUGGAUUCACUGGGUUUGUGCCACUUCUGUAAGAAGCAUUGUGGCAACGCGGCUGGCGCCUGUCCUGGACCGAUUGACCGAUCCCGCAUCGACAUCCCAUCGGGUUUUGCAACCCCAGAAAAACCGGCCAACUAUGUUGCCCCACGAGCCUGGAGUAGGCCGACUACUACACCAGGAAAGCCCACACAACCUCCGGCGGGACGUCCUUCAACUCGCGCUGCGAGCGUUGCGGGUGUUACGGAUACUACACCCCUUGAGGCUCAGGUUUCCGCGCUAACACUUGACGCAGCGAUACGAGAAGAUAAUCGUUGGGACACUUACUUUGACGAUGAGGGCUGUUUCCCCAGUCUAGAACCGGCCGCCGUGGCGGCACUCGAGGAUCUCGACAGUCAACUUCUCACGAACGAGAUCGCGAAGGCCGAAAAAGCUGACCUAGCAGAUGCCAUCGCCGGCCACCCGGGACGCGCUUGA